AUUAACUUUCAUUAUACAAAAAAAAAAAGAGCCAUAGCCUCACCACAUUCUCUUUCUCUAGCCUCACCACUUUCUCUCUCUCUUUCCCAUUUUCACAGCCAUUUGUUAGAUUCCUCUCUCUCUCUCUCUCUCUCUCUUUUCUUUUUCUAUUGUGGUUGUUUAUUAGAGACUGAUUAGCUCAAAGGAACCCAAAAGAGAAUUCUUCCCUUCUCUUCCAUUUUUUCUAAAUUUUCUGGGCUGUUAUUGUUUUCCUCUCCAGCCAAUUUUCUAAGAAGGAGACUUUUGAGUUUCUGGGUUUUUCCUUCGCAGUGAAGCUUCUCAAUACCCAUAGAACCUAUACUGAAGCAAAUUACGGAUUAAUAAGAAUUUGUUCAGAGUCUCUAAUACUUGGUGAUAUUAUAAGCUAUCUAUCAUCUCUAUAUUAAUAACUUUUUGUAAAAAAAAAGAUAAAAGAAGAGAUGGGGAAGCAAGGGCCUUGCUAUCACUGUGGAGUUACAAGCACACCUCUAUGGCGAAACGGGCCACCGGAGAAGCCGGUACUGUGCAAUGCGUGUGGCUCCAGAUGGAGAACGAAGGGAUCACUAGUAAACUACACUCCCGUUCGUGCUCGUGCUGAAGGUGAUGAGGUUGAGAUUGACGAUCGAAGAGGUGGUCAAAAGAUGAUGAUGAUUAAUGGAAUGUCUAUGAACAAAAAGAGGAAACCAUAUCAAGAAAACUUCACAGUUAAGAGAACCAACUUGGAGUUCAGUAACGGUUUCAAGAAGAGGUCUUUAGAAGAAGAAGCUAGCAACAAUAGGUCGAGUUCAGGGUCUGUUGUAUCGAACUCAGAGAGCUGUGAUCAGUCUAACGUGUGGGAAACGAGUUUUGCUGCUUGUAAGAAGAGGACGUGUGUGGGGCGUCCGAAGGCUGCUUCUUCUUCUGUUGAGAAGCUCACAAAGGAUCUCUUUAGUAUUCUACAGGAACAGCAGUUUUCUUGUUGUGUCUCUGGUAUUUCAGAGGAAGAGUUGCUGUUUGAGAACGAGUCACCGAUGGUGAUAGGACAUGGGAGUGUUCUUUUGAUAGAUCCUCAUGAGGACUCUGAAGCUAGCUCGCUCUUGGUUGAGAACAGCAAGUCCUCAUCAAUACAUUCUCAAAACUCUGGUGGAAAAGCUAUAAAGCAGGAGCAACUCAAGAGGACCAAAUCUCAAGUCUUGGGAAGACAUAGUUUACCACUCUGUAACAUAGAUUUGAAGGAUGUUAUUAACUUUGAUGAGUUCAUAGAAAAAUUCACAAAGGGAGAGCAGCAAAAACUGAUGAAAUUACUUCCUGAAGUUGACUCUGUUGAUCCUCCUCAUAGCCUCAUGAGCAUGUUUGAGAGUUCUCAGUUCAAAGAAAACUUCUCCUUGUUUCAGCAACUAGUCGCAGAUGGUGUCUUUGGAACAUCAACUUCUUCCUCUGGAUCAAAACUUGAAGAGUUUAAGACACUUGCAAAGCUUGCUUUAUCCGAUCCUGACAAAUCCCAUAUGCUGGAAAGCUAUCAGAUGCUCAAGGAACAGAGAAAAGGGAUUGAAGACUCAUCAAGGGUCUCAAACCAGACUCCAUCAGAUAAUAAUAGGCUAGUAAUCAUUGAAAGACCUUGUGAAAGCUUAAACCAAAACUUCUCAGAGACAAGGGUUGUGACGAAGAGCCCCAAAGAAGUAAUGAAGAUUAGAUCAAAACACAUUGAAACCAAAGAGAUUAUAGAGAACAGUGUCUCUUCCUUAAACCAUAUGAGCUACGGUGGAUCUAUGGUGUGUGGUGGCUAUGAAGAUAAUGAUAACUCUGAUCAGGAUCUUCUUCUUGAUGUGCCGUCAAAUGGAUCAUUCCCUCAGGCAGAGCUUCUUCACAUGAUAUGAUAUGAAAGAUGAAAGUUUCUCAAACUCAGUUGUUGGUAUUUCUCAGAAUAAAGACUUAAAAGACUCUUUAAAGAUCUCUCUCUGAUCCGAGGAGAAAACUCUUUCACCCUUUUUGACUUUUUCUGAGAAAAAAUGUGGCUAAAUGAGUUUUUCUGAAAUAGAAAUUGCUAUCAUAUGCAGAUACAUAAUAUAAAAAAAAGGAAGGAUUUUUUAUGUAAGGGCACUUUUUGGCGGUCA